AUGGACUGGAUCAAAUUGCGCACCUACUCUGAGAAAAGGAAGGCCCGAAAGAAUGUACACUGUGCUUCUCCUGUGCCAGGCAUGGUAGUUCCUGCUAUUGUGAGCAGCAGGAGGAAUGCCCCUGGGCAGUGCUUAGACCUGCUUUCCAAGCAUAGAAGGCAGCCUUGUGCCAAAAGCCAUAUUGGAAAUGUCAGUGCAAAAACGUUACCAGCAAUUCGAGAAACCUCUACGGUGGACUACUUUUCAGCUGAGCAAAGUGUUGAACCAAAUUAUAAUGAAAACAGUGGCAAGGAGGUGAAUGAAAAUAUCAUUGAAAUGGGCAGUAAUACAUUACAGGAUUCUCUGCAUUUAAACUCUGGAAGCAGAGAGAGCUUGGAAAAUAGUGAGGCUAGUUCAGGGAUGACUCUACCAACAGGUGUUUCAGACUUUCUUCUGGAGUGCUUGGAUUCUAGUAUAGAUACUAAUAUAGAAUCUAGUGAUGGAAUAAAUAGUUACUCAUCACCUGAAACAUUCAGGGAUGAAAACGAUUUAGAAGAAACCUGUACUAGUCUCAAAGGAUAUCUUGGAUGCAAGAACUCUACCCUCCUUGAUACCAGCAAAGCCAACAAUAUAGACAAGAUAACACCACUGCUAAAUUUUUCAAAGAUAUUUGAAAAAACAUCGCAAGGUCAAGAUGAGCACAUUCCAAGUGACACACUGUCCAAAAGCAAACAGUGUUGUGAAUCAACAAAUGUGUCAACUACAGUAGCAGGGAAACAAGUGUAUAAAAUCCUGUCAUCAAAGGAAAAAACACCAAAAUCAAAACUUCCUGAAAUCUCUGCACUACUGCCAAAACAAAGAACACAGCUUGAUGAGCAACAAUCCAGAAACAUGAAGCACAGAAAGAAGGUACAUUUCAGAAGUUUUCCAGAAAGCACAGCGGCAUCCUUCUAUUCUGUUGCGCUUUCUUCUCCAUCUCAUGGAAUUAUAGCUGGAGAGUUAGUCUCAAAAGAGCCAAGUGCUGAUAUGGUCAACUUGUCAGUGCAGAAUGUGGCAGCCAAUGAAAUUUUUUCAAACACAACUAACCCGAAUUUGGAAGAACGUGCAUCUUCAGAGAACAUUGUUUUUCAGUGUCUGCAUCAUCCACCAGAAAUCUGCUGUAUUGUUAAAGCUUCACCAGAAUUUAGAUCACUGAAAGUUGUCCAGACUCCACUAAACAGACCAAUACUGUUACCCCCAACAGGAGUAACAACAGAUAUUAUUACCAGUGACAGAAACUGGAUCUACAGUGAUAACAGAUGAACACUUCCACUGUUUCUCAGAGCAUGACAAAAAAACAAGAUUGGCAGGGAAGAAGAAGAAAGAAAGGGGAG